CAUUACUACCUUCUCUUUGAACCAAAGGAUCCCUAUAUGCUACUAUACCUUUUUCAAGCUUUCCUACUUUGUACAAAUUUAACAAAGAACGAAACGACAUCGUAUGAGUCCAUACCUUUGGUCUUCUUCCACCCAUACGUAACCCUCAAUAUUUUGGAGUAAAAGAUUGAGAAACAACAGGCAUCUUGAAAGAGAACUCUGUCGUUCUUCCACCUGUUCGAUGAAAUGCCUCAACGAAAAUAAACACAUAUGAUUAUUCAAACAUGAUUCUUUUUGCUCGUUGAGAAAAUUAUAUAUUCAGCAAUGUCUCAGCUCAAAGUUGUCUCAUUUAUCUGCAAGACUUUGACUAGAAAAUUACAUUCCCAAAAUCACUUGCUUCAUCAAAAUCUAAGGCCAAAUUUAAUAGCAUCCACACAUAUUCAUGGUCUAACCAGCAAAUACCAAUCAAAAUAUCUUUUUGCUACAAGGGUAUCAUUUAUCUUGAACAAAAGUUCAAGAUUUUGGUUACCAUGUAUGUCCUUUCAGCGGUUUUACAACAACAACAACAUAUCAGCUCCCUUUAAAAAUGCUGCAUUUUCUUCAUUGGAGGAAACAACGGAAAGCUAUAGCGAUGAUCCCGUUGAUAAGGUUUACAAGGUUGUUGUGGAUUACUCUAAUCCAGGGCAUAAGAUGGAGAUAGCUCUCGAUAAGCUUGAAAUAGAAUUAACAACGCCGAUGGUGGUGGAAGUCUUGCAAAAGCUUCGUUACGAAGAGAAGUUAGCGUUUAGGUUCUUUACGUGGGCAGGACAUCGAGAAAAUUAUAGCCAUGAGCCCCAAGCGUAUAAUGAGAUGAUGGAUAUAUUGUCCAGUACCAAAUAUAAGGUGAAGCAGUUUCGCGUUGUUUGUGAUCUACUAGACUACAUGAAGAGAAAUGAUAAGAAUUUGGUUCCUUUAGAAGUGUUGUUGAAAAUCCUUAGACAGUAUACUGAAAAGCAUUUGACGCAUCUUCAUAAAUUUGCUAGGAAGAAGAAGAUAAGAGUGAAGACACAACCCGAAGUAUAUGCCUUUAAUUUGUUGUUGGAUGCUUUGUGCAAGUGCUGCCUUGUCGAGGAAGCUGAGGCGUUGUUUAAGCGAGUGAAGAGUAAGGUUAAGCCAACUGCUGAUACUUAUAACAUUCUUUUUUUCGGUUGGUGUCGUGUUAGAAGCCCGGAUAGAGCUAUGAGCGUUCUUGAACAGAUGAUUAAUAUAGGACAUACACCCGAUAACUUCACCUAUAAUACUGCCAUUGAGACUUUUUGUACUGCGGGAAUGGUGAUGCAGGCUGCUGAACUUCUCGAGUUCAUGAGAACUAAAGGCUCGACCAUGUCUUCUCCCACUGCAAAAACUUAUACUAUUAUGAUUGUGGCUCUUGUUCAGAAUGAUAUGAUGGUAGAAUGUUUCAAAGUUCUGGGUGAUAUGUUAAAUAGUGGAUGUGUUCCUGAUGUUUCAACAUACAAGGAAUUGAUUGAAGGUAUGUGUUUGGCUGGAAAGACCGAGGCAGCUUAUAAGCUUUUGGAAGAGAUGGGAAAUAAGGGCUACCCUGCUGAUAUAGUUACCUACAACUGCUUUCUUAACGUCCUUUGUGACAAUAAAGAGAGAGACGAAGCGCUUAGGCUUUAUCAGAAAAUGACUGAAGUGGGCUGUAUUCCCAGUGUACAAACCUAUAAUAUGCUAAUUGUGAUGUUCUUUAGAAUGAGCGACGUCGAUGGAGCAUUUGAGACCUGGCAUGAGAUGGCUAAGAGGGGUUGUGUGCGUGUUACAGAAACAUAUUGUGUGAUGAUUGAAGGGCUUUUUGAUAACAAUGCCACUGAAGAGGCAUGUUUUCUUUUGGAAGAAGCUGUAAACAGGGGUAUGAAAUUGCCAUACAACAAAUUUGACUCGUUUUUAAUGCGGCUUUCAGCUAUUGGUGAUCUACGAGCCAUUCAUAAACUGUCAGAGCACAUGAGAACUUUCUAUAACCCUGCUAUGGCUCGACGUUUUGCCAUCAAUCAGAAGCGGAAGAGCAUGAGCUUACGAGGAAAGUGAAAAUAACUUAUGUUGUCUUAUUAGCACCUAUAUUGCUCAGAUUCUUCAAAAAUGUCGAGGGGUGUGUGUCGGAUCAUCCAAAAGUAGCGCAUUUAUGGAGGAUCCGACAUGGGUACAUCUAACAUUUUUGGAGAGUCCAAGCAACAUAGAUUGACACGACGUUUGGAUGGCGUGUUUCUUUGUACGCAUUGUGUUGUGUCGUUAAACAGAUUAAUUUUAGAGAGUGACUUGUACCAGAUUGGGAUUGGAAUUCGAACUGGAUAGUGACAACAGCAUGGCCCUUAACAUUGGGAAAAAAGAUUAAUUUAUAUACAGUAAAGUGUGAAGACAUUUUUCAAUAUACUUAUGUUGAGGCUAUCUGUCCAUGUAGAUGGAGGAAAGUUGACAUAUUCAAUGGCUAGUAAUUUGGAGAUCAAUCAAAGUGGGAUAAGAUAUGCAACAAAGAUUUGAACUUAUUACCUCUUUGACUUAGUGUAGAUUGUAAUCUUCCAAAUGUUUCUGAAAACUAAUUUGGAGUGAAGUUAAUGAUGCUUUUGCUACAGGUGCUGUUGUCCAUUAUAAAAAUGGUCCUAUUUUAGUGUAAAGUUCAAAUAAAUUCGUGAAAAAUGUGAAGUGAUAUACAAGUGUGACAGAUAGACAAGAAA